CUUCUCUUUUUCUCUCUCUCUUCAGUGGAUACAGCAGGGAACAGACAGAUCGCCUGUAGGAUGGAUUGUUAAAACUACCCUUGCGAGAAUAUUCAUCUAGUCCCUUUCAUUUCCUUGCCGGCACACUCUCUCGUGUACAUCCAUCUAUCCAUGUGUCCGGACGGGUUCUGAAUCGGACAGAAUGCGGAUCCUGGUGCUGAUUCCGCUGCUGUGGGGUCUUGGUGAGGGGGCUUUCCCCAGCAGUGUCCAAAUCGGUGGUUUGUUUAUAAGAAAUACAGAUCAAGAAUAUACUGCUUUCCGCUUGGCUAUAUUUCUACACAACACGAGUCCGAAUGCAACGGAAGCCCCCUUCAACUUGGUUCCUCAUGUGGACAACAUCGAGACCGCCAACAGCUUUGCUGUCACCAAUGCCUUUUGUUCGCAGUAUUCCCGCGGAGUCUUCGCCAUAUUCGGCCUGUACGAUAAGCGCUCGGUUCACACAUUGACGUCGUUCUGCAGCGCCCUUCACAUCUCCCUGGUGACUCCCAGUUUCCCCGCGGAGGGCGAGACGCAGUUUGUGCUACAGCUGCGACCGUCCAUCCGAGGAGCCCUGUUGAGCAUUCUCGACCAUUACGACUGGAACCGAUUCGUGUUCUUGUACGACACGGACCGAGGAUACGCCAUCCUGCAGGCCAUCAUGGAAAAGGCGGGGCAGAACGGUUGGCAGGUUAGCGCCAUCUGCGUGGAGAACUUCAAUGAUGUGAGUUACCGGCGGCUGCUGGAAGACCUGGACCGCCGGCAAGAGAAGAAGUUUGUCAUCGACCUUGAACCAGAACGACUCCAGAACAUACUAGAACAGGUGGUUAGUGUGGGCAAACAUGUGAAAGGAUAUCACUACAUCAUCGCAAAUCUGGGUUUUAAGGAUAUUUCUCUAGAGAGGUUUAUGCAUGGUGGAGCAAAUGUAACUGGUUUUCAGUUGGUGGAUUUCAGCAAACCAAUGGUGAUCAAACUAAUGCAGCGCUGGAACAAACUGGACCAGAGGGAGUAUCCAGGUUCUGAAAGCCCACCCAGGUACACGUCCUCUCUGACAUAUGACAGUGUGCUGGUGAUGGCUGAGGCAUUUCGAAAUCUACGCAGACAGAAGAUAGACAUCUCCCGCAGAGGCAAUGCUGGAGACUGUCUGGCCAACCCUGCUGCUCCCUGGAAUCAAGGCAUUGACAUGGAACGCACCUUGAAACAGGUGAGAAUCCAGGGUUUGACUGGGAAUAUCCAGUUUGAUCAUUAUGGACGCAGAGUCAAUUAUACCAUGGACGUCUUUGAGCUGAAAAGCAAUGGCCCACGCAAGAUCGGUUACUGGAAUGACUUGGAUAAACUGGUCCUGGUUCAGAAUGAGCUCUCCAUGGGAAACGACUCCUCCAUGGAGAACCGAACGGUUAUCGUCACGACUAUAAUGGCGAUGGAGAAUUUUACCUCUGCAGGAUCAUCAAGGUUUCCAUCAGUGCUAAAGAAUCCGCUGUUCAGACACUGAGCGGAGGAGAGGAAGAGACGACCAUGAGACAUCAGAGAGUCUAACCUCUCUCUCCCAUGAUUCAGCGGUUCUCAGACUCCUACAUCUGGGACUGCGGCAUUAAGCAUUCAGUAACAUUCCUCACACGUACCUUGGGUGCAAUGCCAAGGGGUGUAAAACGCUGUUUCAUGGGUAUUUUGUUUUGUCUCUUUGUGAUUGCGUGUCCUUGCUUUUAUGAAUCGCCCCCACCGGCAUGUAAAAGCAUUGUGAAAUCAAAACCUCCUGCUUGUUAAUGCUUUUAAAACCUAGCUUUAUAUCAAAAUCAACUUUUCUGCUGAUGUAGUCAAGGUCACACGGGUGAGAACAAACGAUCCACAAUCGAAUGAAUCCCUGAAGGGAUUUACAUGAUAUCUGCUGAAUAUUCGGUUUCAUUCAGAUAUACUUGCAUUUACAUUUUGCCUUUAUCCAAAGCGACUUACGGUGCAUUUAAGCUAUACAUUUAUCAGUAUGUGUGUUUCCUGGAAAUCAAACAAACCCACAACCUUUUGCACUGCUAAUGCAAUGAUCUACCAACUUACUGAACUACAGGAACACCUUCAUGUUCAUACGUUUAGUUUUCUACAAUUCGUAAACGGGUAAAUUCAUCAAAAUUUUGCACAACCUAAGUUUAAUGUGCAAAACAAGAGGCAUAAAGCUUUAAGGGGCUAGACUUUGGGAAUGCAAAUAUUAUUUGGAAGUUGCUGCGAAUAUCGGCAAGGAGGCUUCAUCCACCUUUGCUUUUCAUUAGAGAAAAAGGUCACGCUAUUAAGUACCAGUUUCUACGAAUCACAUAUUAUCUCCGAAUUCGAAGGUCAAACUUCACCAGAAUUGAUAUUUGGUACGUGCCAAAAUAUGAAAUAUCUUUGCACAAGCUUGCGUUUCCGGUCUGAUACAUUCACAUGCGUAUGAAUUAAAGUCACCGAAACGAAAAGUGUGACCGCUCCUUUAGAGUAAAAUUCUCUCUUUCCAUGUCCCACACGCUGUUUGACUACUACAAGUCUGAAUAAACUUGUAACCCUUCCUCGAGCACAUUACUGAAGUUUUGGAGAUGUACGAAACGUGGUGUACAGGGGAGCAGCUAGUGUAGGUUGUCACGGUGACAGGAAUCUGAAAUAGUUUUUCACGCCCAAGCACAGCAAAUCACAACCUUAAAAAAAGUACGAGAAAAAUCUCUCUCUCUCUUUCUCUCUCGCUCGCUCGCUCACUCACUUGCUCCUCAUGUGGAUUUAAUUGUCGCACAGUGGCUGUAUGUGGCACAUUGUGUGUUUUUAUAGGAUAAAUGUCUGACUUAAAGAUAAUUACAGAUGAUUAAAAAGCUCUUGAACAUCUGUAGCUCUCUUAAUUCAGUUACACAGAAAUAUUUACUCUUACAGAUCUCCUUAAACUCAUUGUGACUUGCGACUGUUUGCCUUUUCAAUGCACAUUCUUGGUCUUGUCAUGAAUGAUUCAUUGCUGCAUGUUAUUCCAAAACAAAAAAUUCUGAUAGAUCAUUAUUAUCAUGUAAUAAAGUAAUUUAAUAAUUUACUAAAAUAAGCAUUUACUGCACACGUCUGCAAUACUGUUGAUAAGCGUGUAAUGUUGCCUGCUAGGGGUCAGUAAAAUCAUAAUAUAAAUAGAGAGAUCUGGAGAAGAAUAGUCAUAUGUUUGUUGUUAACUUUGGCCCCGUCCCAAAUGGCACACUCCGGACUUGUGGACUUCCUCAGAGUCCAGUCUAGUGCAGACCUUAUGAACCUUUGAUGCGAGUCCACGAGGGCGCACCAGAGUUUUAUUUCGAGAGAGACUCGAUGAGAGCAUGUGAGCGGAGUGUAGCGUGGAUUGAGCGAGGAGCGGAGUGUGCCAAAUUCAGUCAGAGCGCAGAGCGGGUUUUAUCCAAAGGCCGGAUCGAUAACAACCGGUUUCGCUCCGGUUACGCUCUGAUAGCGCUCACACCACGAGUCUAGGGCAUGCACAAGAAUAUAGUCUGCGUGGCAGACGUGAUGAGGAGAGGGUUUGCUGCGUGUUGAUUUACCUAUGUUAACAGACACGCUACCUAUCAGGUGCGGUCCAACCACACCGCGACCCAUGUACAUCAUCAUCAGCCAUCUUGCAAACAGACAACCGCAUAGCAUUUGCCCCUCACACAAGCAGCAGAUUUCGCCUCUGACGUCUACUUCGCUCUAGACCUGCGAAUGCAUUCAAACUGUUUAAGCGGCAAACUAGGUGCGGUAGACACGAUUUUGCCGCCUCAAACGCGGUUGGUGUAAACGCAGCAUUAGACCACACAUACGCAAUAAUCAUGAACAAGGAAAAAUAUAUAACACAGAUAUAAAUUAUAGGGUUCUUUUUGCUUUUUCAUCAUUAUUACGUACUUGUAGUCUAAGUUGUUCUUAUGUUAUUGCAAUAUCAAGAAAGUUUUUGUUGAUUCAUGACUUUGGAACGAUUGAACGUGUAGUGCUAAAUACUCGCUUAAAAAAACAUUAGUUGGUAUUUUUAAUGGUUCGCAUACACUCUUCUUUCUAAUAAUAUAAAAUUAUAAUUUAACUGUCUAACCUAAGAGCCAUAGGGAAACGUUAAGAUGCUUGCGAAAGUGAAUUUGACCUCCUGAUCUAAAAUCCUCCUGAGAAAUUUGAGCUGCUGGUGUGUUUACGGAUUAAAUCCCUCACAAUCUACUACACCUCAUACAUUUAGUUCUGACUCUAUCCUGCUAUGUACCGCCCAAUUUUAACCAGUGCCCGCCCUACGUUGUAAAAAAUAUCCUAUUUUUAUGGUCAAGUGGGCUGCUGAUGUUUAUGUCGCCUUUAAACAAAAUCUAUAUAGUAACACAAUGUGUGCAUGGACAAACGGGGUGAUUAUUUCUAUAUAUAGACACGUUAAUUAAUCCAAUGAGAAUCCUCGAAUCAAUCAAGUGUAAGAGUGACAGAUGCAAACGCAAUGCACGAGAUACACAUCCAGACGUGUGUGUGUAUAUAGUA